AUGCCUUUCGGACUAAAAAAUGCAGGGGCUACAUACCAGAGACUAGUGAAUAAAGUUUUCACCGUUCAUAUCGGAAAACUAAUGGAGGUUUAUGUCGAUGACAUGCUGGUAAAAACACAGAAUGAGGAAUCGUUGUUAGCUGACCUCACCAAAGUGUUCGACACCAUAAGAAAGCAUGAGAUGCGACUUAACCCCGCAAAGUGCACUUUCGCGGAUUUUAAGAAGUUUUUGGGGCAACCACCAAUCCUUACCCGACCACAGGAAGGCGAGGAACGCAUACUAUAUCUCGCCGUAGGAAGUCAGGCAAUAGUUUCAGCACUAGUUAGAGAAGACGAAAGUGGGCAACAACCCAUCUACUUCAUUAGUAAGGCUCUGCAAGGGGCUGAAUUAAACUAUCAAAAGAUAGAGAAGUUCGCCUACGCCCUUAUACUUACUUCCAGACGACUCCGACCAUACUUUCAAGCCCACACGAUUAGAGUACGGACCAACCAACCCAUAAAAGGUAUCUUACAGAAAACGGACUUAGCUGGAAGAAUCCUACAAUCGGCAGUCAAGUUAUCUGAAUUCGAUCUCAAAUAUAAAGCUCGGAUUGCCAUCAAAUCUCAGUACUUGGCCGACUUCAUCGCAGAGUACACUGACACCCCGGACACCCCCACAAAGUGGAGCCUUUACGUGGAUGGCUCAUUGAACAAAACUGGGAGUGGCGCAUGCAUCAUUUUAGAGAGCGAUUAG